GGAAGCUGGUACAGCAGGAGGAAGGGAACCUCAUACAGAAGAAAUCUAAGAGAGCUUUACCUGUGGUGAAUGACAUACUUUUAGCAUAAUACCCUCAAGAUCAAUCCACACUGGAUAAGAUCUCAUUAGCACAUUAUACGGCUCAGUGGUAAGGGCGCUUGCUGCCAAGCUUGAUGACUUGAGUUGGGUUCACUGGACCUUCUUGUUGACCAGCCAGCCUGGUGAGUGCAGCGACAGACAAAAAAAGGUCUCAACAAAGUAGAAGGUAAAGAAUGACAUCCAGGGUUGUCCGCUGACACAUGUGUCAUGGCACACAUGUACCCGCACCCCCAACACCCUUAAAUGAAAAAAUGAACCAGAGGAAGAUGAGCACUCAUUCCUGUGUUCAUCGGUAUCUGUGAAGACUUACUUGUCCUGUCUAUGAACAUAAGCACUGCACAGCUGAAAAAAUAUAUGCGUGUUUUCAAUAUAAUAUAUAUUACAUAUGACAUAUGGCUACAUAUUAGCAAUAUGCUGAAAAUGGAGUAGGCAUUUAACAGCAGUUGUCAUUGUUACUAUAUUCCUGUUAAUGUAAAGUAUGACCGUCUUUCAGUCACACCUGUCCGCCUAAGCCCUCAGUUCCCCAAAUUGCCAUUUUCAUAUACCCUUUUGGGGGGAGUCUGUCCUCUGUGAUGACAGGGCAAUGGCACCGAGAGGUGCUCAGAUCCUGGUCAUGAACCUGUGACUCUCUGUGAGCUCAAAGGUACAGGUGUUGCAGGUAUGAUUAUGUUAACGUCGGGGCACAGGAAGCCAAUCUUGAAAUAUUUGGGCAUGCUCAGUGUAACCACAAGCAUUCUUGUUAGUGAAGGAGGGAGAGAGUUAGGCAAGUGCUGCUGGUUUUGAAGGUGAAAGCUGAAGCCAAGAACUGUAGGUGGCCUCUAGGAGCUGAAAGAUUGGGUUGUCCCCAGAGCCUCCAGAAGGAACAAAGCCACGAGGAUACCUUCAUUUUAACUCAGGCACAGUUGUGUGGACUUCAGACGUCCAGAGCAGUCUAACAGCAAAUGCGGGCUGGGAAUCAGACUCAGGUCUUCCUACAUGCGUGGUAAACCUUUGACUGAGUCAUUUCCCCAGCUCCAGAUGUUAGAUUUUAUGGCUAAAGAACAGUAGGCACAUAAUCUGUCUGCACAUAAAUGUUUCAAGAUUUAUUACUUUUAAGGAAAGAAUUGGAGCACAGGAGGCAUCUUUACGUGGCAAAGGACAGGAGGUGCACCUUGGUUCCAUCUUGCAUUCUAGUUUUCUAUUCAGAUCCAGGCAGGAGUUAAGUGAGCGGUAUGACAGAUAAGCACAGAUGAAAACCAGCACAGCCCAGAGCCUCCGUCCACCCCCUCCAUCCUGGUCCUCUCUGGCCCCAGCCCUGCCUGCCUUUGAUGCAGGGAGCUAAGGGGCUCAAUGAAACCUGUUGGAGGUUCCAAUUAAGUCUUUGUGGACACAGCGCGCAACACACACACACACACACACACACACACACACACACACACACACACACACACACACGAGUCUCCUCAGAUAACAGACAGCAAUAAAUCCAUCAGCACAUCUACUCGGAGAGAGCAGUCUCGGCUUUCUUGCCAACAGCUGCCAAUUUUUCUCUGAGUGCCUCACAUCAAGAUGAACUGUAAGUGAGCUUUACUGGACCAGGCAGACUUCGUCUUCUUCUAUAAAGGCGACAGAAGACCCACAGCUGUCAAGGGACCUUCCUAAGCACCUGGAGGAGAAGGCCCCCACUCUCCCACUCCCUCCCCAGCCCACUCCUGCAGCCUUGCCAUGUUCCAGGUUGUUUUGGGUGCUCCUCAGCAGUUGCUGAAGGAAGCGAGGAAGUCCCGGCAGCUGGUGCUGGUGGUGGUGUUUGUGGCUCUGCUCCUGGACAACAUGCUGCUCACUGUGGUGGUGCCCAUUGUGCCCACCUUCCUGUAUGCGACAGAGUUCAAAGACGUCAACUCUUCUUUGCAUAGAGGUCCUCCUGUAAGCUCCCAGCAAGCUCUCACCUCUCCUGCCUUCUCUACCAUAUUCUCCUUCUUUGACAACACCACCAUGACUGUAGAAGAGCAUGUACCCUUCCGUGUAGCAUGGACAAAUGGCACCAUCCCUCCUCCAGUCACUGAAGCUGUCUCAGUACCUAAAAACAACUGCUUGCAAGGGAUAGAGUUCUUGGAAGAAGAAAACAUCCGGGUUGGGGUUCUAUUUGCUUCGAAGGCUUUGAUGCAACUUCUGGUCAACCCAUUUGUAGGACCUCUUACCAACAGGAUUGGCUACCACAUCCCCAUGUUUGCUGGCUUUCUGAUCAUGUUUCUCUCCACACUAAUGUUUGCUUUCUCUGGCACCUAUGCCCUGCUAUUUGUGGCUCGAACCCUUCAAGGCAUCGGAUCUUCAUUUUCAUCUGUUGCAGGGCUCGGGAUGCUGGCCAGUGUCUAUACCGACAACUACGAGAGAGGGAAAGCCAUGGGAAUUGCUUUGGGGGGCCUGGCUUUGGGGCUUCUGGUGGGAGCACCUUUCGGAAGUGUGAUGUAUCAAUUUGUGGGCAAGUCCUCUCCAUUCCUCAUCUUGGCCUUCUUGGCACUUCUGGAUGGAGCUCUCCAGCUUUGCAUCCUAUGGCCUUCCAAAGUGUCUUCUGAGAGUGCCAUGGGGACUCCACUUCUGACACUUCUCAAAGACCCUUACAUCCUGGUAGCAGCAGGUUCCAUCUGCCUGGCCAACAUGGGAGUCGCCAUACUAGAGCCCACACUGCCCAUCUGGAUGAUGCAGACCAUGUGCUCCCCUGAGUGGCAGCUAGGUCUGGCCUUCUUGCCUGCCAGUGUGGCCUACCUCAUUGGCACGAAUCUUUUUGGUGUGUUGGCCAACAAGAUGGGUCGGUGGCUGUGCUCCCUCGUUGGAAUGGUGGCAGUAGGGAUCAGCUUGCUCUGUGUGCCUCUGGCUCACAAUAUUUUUGGCCUCAUUGGCCCCAAUGCAGGCCUUGGCUUUGCCAUAGGCAUGGUGGAUUCCUCUUUGAUGCCCAUCAUGGGAUACCUGGUGGACUUACGCCACACCUCUGUGUAUGGGAGUGUCUACGCCAUCGCUGAUGUGGCAUUUUGCAUGGGCUUUGCUAUUGGCCCGUCUACCGGGGGUGCUGUUGUACAGGUCAUUGGCUUCCCGUGGCUCAUGGUCAUCAUUGGUGUCAUCAAUAUCGUCUACGCGCCUCUCUGCUGCUUCCUGCAGAACCCCCCGGCUAAGGAGGAGAAGCUUGCUAUUCUGAACCAAGAAUGCCCCAUGGAGACCCAGAUGUAUGCAACCCAGAAGCCCACAAAGGAGUUUCCCUUAGGGGAGAACAGUGAUGAUCCUGGAAGUGAGGAGUAGCUGAAGAGGGUGAUACCUGUGCCCCAUCCCAGGUGACUCCAUAAGGCUUGGAUUUCAGUGACCACCUGCUCUCCAGGGACCAGAUCACUGUGGACCGUUCGACGGGUUUUGUUUUCCUUUCAUCUGGGUGUCUCCCUUCCUCCCUUCCCAGGGAUGUCUUGUCCUUACUCACCUGUGCAACCCACCAUUCUCCCUCUGUGCUUUGACGCCAUAGGUGGCCCAUUUUUUUUGUGGGAGGACAGUGCUACCUCCUGCCAGACCAAAGUGAGGCUGAUUGAAGUUGAGUUGUGACAAGUUCUGCAAGGGAUGACUCACUUCCUGCAGGCAGUCCUGAACAAUGUGCCUGUGAAACCAGAGGGACCAAUGGCAAGCCUGGCUUUGCUCUCUGGUUUUCUUUGACAUAUUUUCAACAGAUCAUGAGAUUUGAUCUCUGUCCUGUGAUUUGUUCCCCCUGAUUUUCCCAGUUGAGCUUCAAUAGAUAGUCUUUUGCUUAUUUUAAAAUAUGUAUAUAUCUUUAUGUGUAGGUGUAUGUGUAAAAUGACUUCACCCUCAUUAAAUAAAGCCUUCCUACUUUUUUCAUUACCCAACUGAAGGAAAACAAGCAGCUUUCUCAGGCUUGAGUUAUGUCUGUUUUUUGUGAUUUCUCAUGUGUUUGUAUCUUUCCUGAACCUCUUAAACUCUUAAAAUAAAAGUAGCUCAAGGACAGAAAACAAAACAAAACAAACAAACCAAAAAGCAAGCAAAACCCCAAACCAAGAACAUUGCUUUAGACUCAAGAGUUCUCUGCAUGAAGCGAAGAGAAACUUGAAAUGUCUCCCAAUGUGUGUUUCCUAACACUAGGAGUAGAAUAAGUCGUUCAUUGUUCACACGUGUCAAUGAGUAAGUCAUUAUCCAAUUCAGACAUGAUAAGCCAGAUGCCUCUUUGUGGUAGGAGAGAGUGUGUGGGAAAAUACAGUGGGUGUUACAAACUUUGCUACAUUUUUGAAAUAAUUAUUGGGUGAUGGAGACGCAAGGGUACGGGAGACAUGACACUCACCCUAAGCAGUUUUAUUUGUUUAAGUAAACAGAAUAAAAUUUGCAAACAAC